UGCCUCUACUGGAGCAGAUGAGAUCGCAGCCGCCGCCGGCGCCUCCAAACGUGGUGUCAUCUUCGCCCUGGCCAGCGACCGCCCAGCUCGCUCAGCUCACCGCCAACGCUCGCUCCCCGCCCCCCGACCCCGAUGCGCCGCUCAACCUCAGCAAGCAGCGCUCGCCGUCGCCUGCGCAUUCGUCCAUCAUGCUGCCGAGAUUCGUGCCCUACCCUCCCAUGGAGGAGAGCCCGCAGUAUAUGUCCAAAGAGGAGGAGUACAACCCUGGAGUUAAUGCAUCAUGGAACCAGUCUCCCCAAGAGGAGGUGGACAAGGCGAAGCUAGUCCGCCAGCCGCGUCGUGACGAGGCCGGCAAACCUCACAUCAAGCGGCCCAUGAACGCCUUCAUGGUCUGGGCCAAGGACGAACGCAGGAAAAUCCUGAAGGCCUGCCCAGAUAUGCACAACUCCAACAUCUCCAAGAUAUUGGGGGCCAGGUGGAAGGCCAUGUCGAACGCGGAGAAGCAGCCGUAUUAUGAGGAACAGUCGCGGCUGUCCAAACUUCACAUGGAGAAGCACCCUGACUAUAGGUACCGACCUCGGCCAAAGCGGACAUGCAUAGUAGACGGCAAGAAGAUGCGGAUAUCGGAAUACAAAAACCUGAUGCGCUCGCGGCGACAAGAGAUGCGGCAGCUGUGGUGCCGCGACGGCGCUGGAGAGCUUGGCUUCCUCCCUUCGCUGUCCUCCCCUGGCCCAUCAAACUCCUCCCCCCCUCCCAAUGGGGGGAACUACAUGAACCCCGGUUUCUCCCCCCCGCUAUCUCCAGGCGAGGAGGAUUGAGGGUCGGCGCGCGGCUGGCCCUACCCGCACGCCGCGCCUAUGCCCCUCCCCCCCUCUCACCACCCCUGGUAAGCUGAAACCUACGACGCUGACAGACGAAUCGGUUGUUUUUUAACUUAGUGAAGUGUGGCAGUUCGGAUUCCAACCGGUUUGGAUUGGAACAACCCCAAGUCACACUCUUUUGUCUUUUUGAAAACGGCGCCAAAAAUGAGAUGACAAUCUCCUUUUUGACGGUGGGUAGUAGAUGGUACACCGAUUUGUCAAGUGUUAUAUUAUGCAAAGACUUUAGCGUAAGUUACGGAUGUGGAAACUUGAAUCUCUAUAUUAUCUCAUUAAAUUCAUGUAAUCUUUUGUGAUUUUAGUAGACGCGAGAACUCGCUUUAGACCUAGCGAGUCAGUUUUAGCCAGUUAGAUUGGAUCUCUCGUUUUUCGUACAAUUGUAUUUUGAGAUUAUUCCAUUAGUGAAUUAAGAAAAUGGGACGUACACCCUGUGUUCAUUUUCUUUUUAAAUUUCGACAAUGAAAUGUUAUAUUUUUAUCACGAUUUUAAACGGGUGUACAUUCUGUAUCUUUAUUGUAAUGGAGCCCUAAAAAUCGGCUAAUAAUAUUAUUGUCAUUAAAUAGGCUUGCGGCACACAAUACCCCAUGAAAGUGCCAAACAUGUAUUAAACCACGUAGAUAAUUAGAAAAAUGUAUAUAGUUGACUUUACUUCAUUAAGAACUAGGGCGACAUAUAAAUUGGAUGAUCGGAUUUUGUAAAUAAGUACAAUUCCUCUUGUAGAUAAAUAUUUAACGGUUAUAUCAAUGUUUGGCUAAAAUAAUGAAGUAAGUUAUAGUUGUAGCUUAAGUUAUUAACUAUGAAUCAAUAUUGUGUGGCCAUGUAAAAUAGUAGCUCGAGAUUAUGAACUAAUCGUUGUAAUAUUGUAGAUGCUCUAGAACUAAGCGAUGAAAAUGUAUCAAACCAAAAAUUUGAAGCGGAAGGCUUGAAAAUUUUAAGUGUUUUGAACACAAAACUGUUAAAAUCCAGUGAGAUCUAUUAAAGCAUAAUGAUUGUAAUAAAUAAAUGAAUACUCAUAGAAUAGAUCUGUUCGAAGUAAGUAGCUAUUACGACCUCGUGGUCGUGUAUCCUAAGAAAUUAAUACAUACCUAUAGUACAUAAUCACUCUCGAUUGUAAUGGACGGUUUUGUAAAAAUGCUAGUUAUUGAAAAUACAAAAAAAUCACCUAAUGUGUAUGAAUUAUGUAACCAGAACCAGAGAGUAGGUGGUCAAUUUAUACUGUGUCAAUUCUUUUCAUUGAUAUUUAGUAAAGACAAUUUUAUUGCUUUGACACAUGAACCCACCGAUUUUGUGGGUUGACCAUACAGGGCGACAAACAGACAGCAAAAUAAAAUAGAUUAUUCAAUCAACAUAUUUAGUUAUGCCCGUAUUAUGUAAUCGACACUUAAUUCACGAAUUAAAAGCUCCUAAGUAGGACAUAGGAGUUUUUACCUGGUCAAAUAUUUGAGAUCUGCCUAUUAUGAUCUUGAAUAUAUCUAUAAAUUUAGUUUUGAGUCUAGUUUUAGCGUCGUAUCAUAAUACAGGCCAUAAUUAGUUUGAAUCUUUACUUACAAUAAUAAACUGUCAUGUCUGUCGUUCUGUAUAAUAAUUUUAAAUUUAUUCAAGAUAUUCGCUUUAUCAAAUCGUGCAAUUUAUAUAGUAGAUUAUAGAAUUAAGCUGUAGCAUGUACAAGCAUAAUAUCUACUUAAUGAUAAUUGAAUAGCAACUUGUAUAGAUAUUUCUUGUAAAAUCAAAUUAGGUUGUUUCUCGAAGUCGUUGAUUGCCAUUUUUUAAAUUUUGUUAUUUAUUUUUCUAAUUAUAAAACUUGUUUUUUUUUGUUUCUUCUGUAUGUUAAGCUGUAUGCCAGUAAUACUGAAAUGUAGUGUUAAUAUAGUAUGCGUAAUAAUGUGUACGUGAAUAUCGUAAUAGGUAGUGUGUAUUAUUCUUAGUAAAUGUGUAAGUUUAGACAGUGCGGUUAAAUUAUUUAUUUUUAUGUUGAUUCCUGUAAAUAAGCGAUAUUUUGGUGUAAACGUUAGUUGUGGUUAUUUAAAGGUCGACACUUAGUUCUGUGUAGAUCUCGAUGUAACUUUUCCCUGUUUCUAUUUAUUUAAGAUUGAUUUCAAACGAACGACUUGCCAUACAUUGUACAAUGGUCUAAGUGUUACUUGGGCAGUUUUAACUUACGAAAUGUACUUAAACCCGAUGUUGUUAUUUUUUUAGUUUAAAUUCACAAAUCGGUUUGUUAUUUCCAGUACCAGUGUAACUUAGCAUUCGAAAUCUUUCAAAUGUGUAAGUAGGUAGGUUUAGGUUUUAUUACCUAGUGUAAACCAGGUCACAUCAUUUAAAAAUUGUGCCAAAACCCGAAAGUAUAUUAAAAAUACCUUAAAAAUA